AGCUUUCUCUCCGAGACGCCAUUUUUGAGUUUCACUGUUUGUUGUGGAAGAGCUGCGCAUCGGGAGCAGUUUCUGUUACGGUUAAUAAAAAAAAGUGUUUUUUAUUUUUCUGAAGAUAUACAAAUUAGUGGUUGAAUACCACUGCCUGACAGAGGAGGAGAAAUACCGUUUUUGUUACAGUAACUUCCCAUUUCCCUGCAGAAAAGGAAGCUCUGCAGGUCGAAGGUGUUGAUCUGAAGGGAGAAGAUGGCUAACCAGGCUGAUUUGAUGGAGCUUGACAUGGCCAUGGAGCCAGACCGUAAGGCAGCAGUUAGCCACUGGCAGCAGCAGUCCUACUUGGAUUCUGGUAUCCACUCUGGCGCUACAACCACAGCACCUUCUCUGAGUGGGAAAGGCAACCCGGAAGAGGAGGAUGUAGACAAUCAAGUCCUGUAUGAAUGGGAGCCGGGCUUCACGCAGUCUUUCACGCAGGAUCAAGUUGCUGAUAUUGAUAGCCAAUAUGCCAUGACCAGAGCCCAGAGGGUACGGGCUGCUAUGUUCCCUGAAACUCAGGAUGAAGGAAUGCAGAUACCUUCCACACAAUUUGAUGGUGCACACCCUACUAAUGUACAACGUUUGGCUGAACCAUCCCAGAUGCUGAAGCAUGCUGUGGUCAAUCUUAUCAAUUAUCAGGAUGAUGCUGAACUGGCAACACGUGCCAUCCCAGAGUUGACCAAACUUCUGAACGAUGAGGACCAGGUUGUUGUGAACAAGGCUGCAGUUAUGGUCCAUCAGCUGUCUAAAAAAGAAGCCUCCCGCCAUGCCAUCAUGCGCUCACCCCAGAUGGUAUCCGCCAUUGUUCGCACCAUGCAAAACACAAAUGAUGUAGAGACUGCACGCUGCACAGCUGGAACUCUCCAUAACCUUUCACACCAUCGUGAGGGCCUGCUUGCCAUCUUCAAGUCGGGAGGUAUCCCUGCAUUAGUGAAGAUGCUGGGGUCGCCAGUUGACUCUGUAUUGUUCUAUGCCAUUACAACUCUUCAUAACCUACUCCUGCACCAGGAGGGAGCGAAGAUGGCUGUCCGUCUUGCUGGUGGUCUACAAAAGAUGGUUGCCCUGCUGAAUAAGACCAAUGUCAAAUUCUUGGCCAUCACAACAGAUUGCCUUCAGAUCUUGGCAUAUGGGAACCAAGAAAGCAAGCUCAUCAUUUUGGCUAGUGGUGGUCCACAGGCACUGGUUAACAUCAUGAGAACCUACACCUAUGAAAAGCUGCUUUGGACCACCAGUCGAGUCUUGAAGGUCCUUUCAGUCUGUUCCAGUAACAAGCCUGCCAUUGUUGAAGCUGGUGGCAUGCAGGCCUUGGGACUCCACUUAACAGACCCGAGUCAGCGUCUGGUGCAGAACUGUCUGUGGACCCUGAGAAAUCUUUCAGAUGCUGCUACCAAGCAGGAGGAUAGAUCCAUAGUUGAAGUAGAUGUGAUGCAGGUAAUUGAUUUCUUAGCAAAUUACCAUUUUUGCCUGGAAGUUUUACACAUUCUGAAUUUGAGCUACUAGUCACUUUUUUAAAAGGAAUA